AUGGCGAGGGAGCCGGCGGUCACCUUGCAUUUAUCAAGGCUGGGUCCUUCAUGGCUAGACCCCAUCACCAGCUUCUUAGAAAAUGGCAAACUCCCCGACGACAAAAAGCGUGCCGCAAAACUGAGAAGGGAAGCAGCCAAAUACGCGGUCAUUCAGGGACAGCUAUUCAAGAAAGGGCUCAACCAGCCCCUACUGAAAUGCUUACAUCCCGACCAGACGGACUACGUCCUCAGGGAAGUCCAUGAAGGCUGCUGCGGACACCACAUAGGGGGCAAAGCCUUAGCAAGAAAGUUGAUCCGAGCUGGAUACUAUUGGCCGUCAAUGAUGGCAGACUCUAAAGAAUUCGUCAGGAAAUGUGUAAAGUGUCGAUAG